UUUCUUUCUCUUUCAUUUCUUUCAUGAUAACAACAGUAGCUUCACCUCAGACUAAAAGACUAGAUACACCAUUAGACUAUGCAGGAGGCGGAUCAUUUAUACAUAGCUAUGGCUCAAAAACGUUCAUCAAACCAAAAAUAGAUGAUGUGCUAGAUGCUGUUGCACAAGCUAGAUUUAAUGAAAAGAAAUGGGUUUGGGUACAGGAUGAUCACGAAGGUUAUGUUAGAGGCCAUAUUGUACAAGAACAAGAAAAUGGACAAGUAGAAAUAGAAUACGAACAUGGAGACUAUUAUUGUAAAUGAGUCCAAGAUCCAGCCUAUGAAUCCACCUAAAUUCGACAUGGUAGACGAUAUGGCAGAACUUACAUAUUUAAAUGAACCUUCCGUCAUUCACAACCUGACUGUUCGAUAUAAAGCAAGUCAUGUUUAUACCUACUCAGGGCUCUUUUUAGUGGCUGUAAAUCCUUAUAGAAACCUUCCAGUUUACUCUGAAGAAUACAUACAGUCUUAUAAGGGCAAAAGACGUGGUGAACUACCUCCGCAUAUUUACGCCAUAGCAGAUCAAGCCUACCAUGAUAUGGUACAAGACAAAGAGAACCAGUCUAUCUUAAUCACUGGUGAAUCUGGUGCUGGCAAAACAGAAAACACCAAAUUUGUAAUUCAGUAUCUCACAGCUGUGGCAAGUAGUACAACAUCCACAAAGAAUAUGCAACAGAUCAAUAAGCUUCAAAGUCAAAUCUUACAAGCAAAUCCUAUUCUUGAAUCAUUCGGUAAUGCACAGACAAUUAGAAAUAACAACUCGUCUCGAUUUGGUAAAUUUAUUCGUAUUGAAUUUAAUAAUCGUGCACAAAUAUGUGGAGCUAAUAUUGAGUGGUAUUUGCUUGAAAAAUCUCGAGUGCACCAACAAUCACCCAAAGAAAGAAACUAUCAUAUAUUCUACCAGUUAUUGGAGGCAGAAGAAGACAUAAAAAAGCAAUUGUUGCUUGACAGUCCUGCUGAAGCCUACAAUUUUAUCAAGCAAUCCAACAAGAAGAUUGAAGGUGUAGAUGAUGCUAAAGAAUUUCAAAGUCUAUCAAAAUCAUUGGACAUUAUGGGAUUAAGUGAAAAAGAAAAACUUGAUUUGUUUAGAAUUGUUGCUUCCAUUCUUCACUUGGGCAACAUUUCUGUGAAUGACUACCGUGACCGUGCUGAAAUCCGUGAUUUUGCUGCUGUGGAGCGUGUCUGCCAUUUGCUCGGCGUCUCAGCUGAAGAGUUCAAAAAGGGUCUUUUAUCCCCUCGUAUUAAAGCAGGCCGCGAUUGGGUCACACAGGCAAAGUCACCUGCACAAGUGAUUGCUAGUUUGGAUGCCUUAGCAAAAACAUUGUAUGAGCGCAAUUUUGCUUAUUUAGUUGAACGUAUCAACAAGGCCAUUGAUGGACAAAAAUCAAAAGACAAGCUGGGAUUUAUAGGUGUGCUUGAUAUUGCAGGAUUCGAAAUCUUUGAGUCCAAUAGCUUUGAACAACUCUGUAUCAAUUACACAAAUGAAAAGCUUCAACAAUUCUUUAACCAAAACAUGUUUGAAUUAGAACAAGAAGAAUACCAAAAAGAAAAAAUUGAUUGGGACUAUAUUGAUUUUGGAAAGGAUCUUCAACCUACCAUUGAUCUUAUUGAAAAAACGAAUCCUGUGGGUAUCCUGUCUUGUCUGGAAGAAGAAUGUGUAGCACCCAGAGGAAGUGAUCAACGUUUCUUAGAGAAACUCAACAAGUUCUGUGAUAAAGAUAACCCAGAUGCCAAAUAUAAAAGCACACGUUUCAAGGAUGGUUUUAUUCUUAAGCACUAUGCAGGCGAUGUUGAAUACUCUGUUGAUGGCUGGAUUGAAAAGAACAAGGAUCCUUUAAAUGAAGAUAUUACUCGUCUUUUAGCCCGUUCAAGUCAAAAGCAUGUUGCUCAUUUGUUUGAAGAUUAUUUAUCUGAUCAAGAUGAAAAACCCAACAGCAAUAGACCAGGUUCUGCUUCGUCUACUAAUAGUGUCUUUUCAUCUUCUUCUAUGCUUAAAAUGAAAAAAGGCAGUGGGUCAUUUCGCACAGUAGGACAGCGUCACAAACAACAACUGCUCUCACUAAUGAACACAUUGCACAUGACUCAUCCACAUUUCGUUCGUUGUAUCUUGCCCAAUAACCGUAAACAUGCUGGAGAAAUUCAAGCAAAGCUCGUCUUGGAUCAAUUACGUUGUAAUGGUGUAUUAGAAGGCAUCCGUAUUUGCCGUAAAGGAUUCCCCAACCGACUCUCCUUUGACGAAUUUCGUAAACGAUAUGGUGUCUUGUGCCCUGAAUUACUUGAUCGUAACUUCUUUAUCGAUGGUCGAACUGCUUGUCAAAUGCUAGUUGAUCAAAUGGCAUUAGAACAUGAAAAGUAUCAAAUUGGUACAACCAAGAUCUUCUUCAAGGCCACAGUACUUGCAGCUCUGGAAGAACAAAGAGAUAGUAAGCUCAGUACUUGUAUCACACAAUUCCAAGCCCUGUGUCGUGGUCUUUUAACACGUCAACACCAAACUCGUUUCUCUCGACAAACAGAUGCUAUACGUGUGAUGCAGCGUAAUGCCCGUAUCUAUAUUUCGUUGCGUGAAUGGCCUUGGUGGAAAAUUUAUGCUAAAUUGAAACCUUUGAAUCAUGCUUACCGUGUGGAUACACAGAUUCGUGAAAAAGAGCAGAAAAUCAAUCAUUUGGAGAAAGAACUGAAAGAACAGAAUGAUACGAUGAACGAUAUCCUUACUCGUAAUCAAGAAUUAGAAAGUGAACACUUGGAUUUCAAAGAACUGAUUAUUGAAGAGCAAGCCAUUAUUCGUGAAUUACAAGAGUCCAAAGAGAACUUGGUUAACAAAUGUGCUAUUUUAGAAGAACGCAUUGAAGAACUUGAGCUUGAGCUGCGUGAUAAAGUGGAUACCUCCAAAUUGGUUUAUGACAGACUUUCCAAUGAAUUAGACCAAUCAAAAGUGACUGUAGCAGAUUUAGAGCAUCAAUUGGCUGAAACGAAAAGCGAAAAGGAAUCAUUAGAAGCAAAACUGACAACUUUACAAACUGAAGUGGAAAAAAGCUUGGAAAAACUAAGUGACUUAGAGUCUCAAGUUAGUUCUCAGGACGAGAAAAUCAAUUAUUUAGAAUUAAAUAACCGAGAACAAGAAGAGUGUCUGUCAAAUCAAGAAGAUGAAAUUGAACAGCUAAAAGAAGCACUUCGAAUUAGUCAAGAGAAUGAGGAACUAGCCAAACAACAAAGCGAAGCAUGCAAUAACGAAUUUCAGGAACUAUUGGAGUCAGAAAUAAAGCUCAAAGAAGAAUGGAAAGCAAAAUACGACCAUCUCAAGGCUGAUUGGGAGGAUUUGACAGCCCUUGUUCGACUUGAAUCUGAUCAAGCAAAGGCUAGAAUGUCAAGGUUUGACCAAGUGCUCAAUGGACUGAGAUUUAUCCAAGAUUCUUGA